CGGCGGCGGCGGCGGGCGCCCAAGAUGGACUAUGACUUCAAGGUGAAGCUGACCGGGGAGCGCGAGCGGGUGGAGGACCUCUUCGAGUACGAGGGCUGCAAGGUGGGCAGGGGCACCUACGGGCACGUCUACAAAGCCAAGCGCAAGGACGGGAAAGAUGAUAAAGAUUACGCUUUAAAACAGAUAGAAGGUACUGGAAUUUCCAUGUCUGCAUGCAGAGAAAUAGCAUUGCUGCGGGAGCUCAAGCAUCCAAAUGUCAUUUCUCUGCAAAAGGUGUUCCUUUCUCACGCUGACAGGAAAGUGUGGCUUCUCUUUGACUACGCUGAGCAUGAUCUCUGGCAUAUAAUCAAGUUUCACAGGGCUUCUAAAGCAAACAAGAAACCAGUUCAGUUACCUCGGGGAAUGGUGAAGUCGCUGUUAUAUCAGAUCCUAGAUGGUAUUCACUACCUGCAUGCUAACUGGGUGUUACACAGGGAUUUGAAACCUGCUAAUAUUUUAGUUAUGGGUGAAGGUCCUGAGCGAGGAAGAGUAAAAAUUGCUGACAUGGGCUUUGCCCGAUUAUUUAAUUCACCUCUGAAGCCUUUAGCAGACUUGGAUCCAGUAGUUGUAACCUUCUGGUAUCGAGCUCCAGAGUUGCUUCUUGGAGCAAGGCAUUAUACCAAAGCUAUUGAUAUUUGGGCCAUAGGGUGUAUAUUUGCAGAGCUGCUAACAUCAGAGCCAAUAUUCCAUUGUCGACAAGAAGAUAUCAAAACUAGUAAUCCUUAUCACCAUGACCAGCUGGACAGAAUAUUCAAUGUAAUGGGAUUUCCUGCAGAUAAAGAUUGGGAAGACAUAAAAAAGAUGCCAGAACAUUCAACCUUGAUGAAAGAUUUCCGGAGAAAUACGUAUACCAACUGCAGCCUUAUCAAAUAUAUGGAAAAACAUAAAGUUAAACCAGAUAGUAAGGCAUUCCACUUGCUUCAGAAAUUGCUCACUAUGGAUCCAAUAAAGAGAAUUACCUCAGAACAGGCUAUGCAGGAUCCUUACUUCUUGGAAGAUCCUCUUCCCACAUCCGAUGUUUUUGCAGGUUGUCAAAUCCCUUACCCAAAACGAGAAUUUUUAACAGAAGAAGAACCAGAUGAUAAAGGAGACAAAAAGAACCAGCAGCAGCAGCAGGGCAAUAACCAUACUAAUGGAACUGGUCAUCCAGGGAACCAAGACAACAGUCACACGCAGGGACCCCCACUGAAAAAAGUGAGAGUUGUUCCUCCUACCACUACCUCAGGUGGACUUAUUAUGACCUCAGACUAUCAGCGUUCCAACCCCCAUGCUGCCUACCCCAACCCCGGACCAAGCACAUCGCAGCCCCAGAGCAGCAUGGGCUACUCAGCUACCUCGCAGCAGCCGCCGCAGUACUCGCACCAGACGCACCGCUACUGAGCUGCCCCCGGUGCCGCCCGGCCAGGAGCGGCCGCGCGGCCGCGUGCCGGGAGCCCGGCUCGGGCCGCGGAAUGUACCGUACCACCGCGCCUCCCACCCGGGGCUCCCGCCCGGGACCCGCUUCUGGGCUUAGACUUGAAAAGAAAGCGCUAGCACGGUUUGUGUUGUGGAUAUGCUACUUCUGUAGGUUACUUGACACGGUUCAGACUGACCGAUGCGUUUUUUCAGUGACGGUCUGUAGCAGGUGAAGCUGUGAAGUGUGCUAGGGGCAAGCAUUUUUGUUGUCGUAUGUGGUGAAUUCUCUUGAUGUAACAACUUCAUCUGACCAAUAGUACACGACAUCUUUGAACUGGUACUUGAAGCGUACAGUAUAUGUUACCAUGGCAAAAAAAGCAAACUAACUGUAACUCUCAGACAGUUUUGAUAGACGUUUAUUUUUAGUGACUUUUGUGGGUUGGUUCAUUUUCCACUUAGAUCCAUGUUUUAUGACCGACACAAUUGCUACGAUGAGAUUUUUUUUUUAAGAACAUGAAAGCGUUUGCAUUUUUUCCCAGCAAUUACAAACGUCCCAAAGAUUUAUUUCCAACAUAAGUUUUUGUUUUUGUUUUGAAAUCUAUGACUUGACUGGUAUUAAAGCUGCUAUUUGAUAGUAAAAUAAGUAUGUUGUCAUUGGUAUAAACAUGUUUGGUUCAGCAAACAAACUAAAAUGAUUGUCAUAGACAGUGUUUUAUUUUUUUCCUGUUGGUGUUAAUGAUUUGUGAGCAUGCUUUGAGAUUAAAAAAGCAUGAAUGAUAUUUCCUAAAAAGGUGCGGCAUCCAUUCAGAUAUUUUGUCAUGAAUUUUGAGAACCAGCUUGGUGUAGUGGAUUUUAAAUUUUAUUCAGUUGAUUUUUUUUUUUAAUGUUCGCACGUUGUUUAGGGGUGCCAUUCCUACUGCAGGAGGAACAAGGUGUUAGGAAAGCCUUAGAAUUUAUGAGGAAAAAACUUACAUACAAUGUACUGUAUCAAACUAUUUUACAUGAAUGACACAAGUAUUCUGAGUAAAAAAAAUCAAACAUUGUUAAAACAAGGUGUUAUG